AUGAGUCUGGGAGUAUUUAUCUGUCUGCUUGCUUUUGUUUCAGGAAACGCAUAUGACGGAUCGAUCGAAGUGGACGCGGAGGAGGCGUCCAUCUUGUACGACAUUUGGGAACAGGAUAACAGUCAGUGGUUGAAGGAACAGUGCAUGAGGAUAGGUGACGCCUACAUCAUCGUCUACUCAGUGACAGACAAGUCCAGCUUUGAGAAGGCGUCAGAGCUACGCAUCCAGCUACGCAGAGCUCGCCAGUCUGAGAACAUUCCCAUCAUCCUUGUUGGAAAUAAGAGCGAUCUGGUGCGGUCCAGAGAAGUCUCUGUGGAUGAUUCUCACCUGCGCCUCCCUUCCUUUUUUUGGCAGAGGGCAGCACCUGCCAAUCUACACCACAAUGUCAGGGACCUGUUCGAGGGCAUCGUCCGGCAGAUCCGACUGUGGAAAGACAGCAAGGAGGAGAACGCUCGCCGUAUGGGCAAAUGCAAACGACGCGAGAGCAUCGGCAAGAAGGCCAAGCGUUUCCUGGGCCGUAUGGUGGCCCGGAAGAACAAGAAGAUGGCCUUCAGACAGAAGUCCAAGUCCUGCCAUGACCUUUCGGUCCUCUGAGAGUAUAGUAUCUGGACUGCUGUGUGUUUUUAACACUAACCCCAAGGACUGAUAGAGCUGUACAGAAAUUAUAUAUUUUAUUAUAUUAAUUAAAUACAACAGACAUGUCCAUGAUAAUGAUCUGGCUUUUGAA